AGAGAGAAGGUUCUGUUGUUGUUGUUUGGUGAGAGGGGGGUGAUGAUGGAGAGGUAGUGAGAAUGAAGAAGAGUAACCUGGUUAACCCUUCACUCUUGUCACCUUGAGAUUUUAUAUCUCUUGUUUUCCACUCCUCUUUUCUCCGGGGUGAAAGUGGAUGUUGGAUGGAGGGAUGAGGAACUGGAUGAAGGGAAGUGAGGAAGAGAAUAGAGACUGAGGAGACAAUGGCGUACACACAGUUGGAACCCAUCAACAAGGGUGUGCUGGCCAGGCUAACUGACUGUCUAUUGUGUCGGUGGUCGUGUCGCUCAUGUCUGUUGUGGUGUUGGGAGUGCUGCUUUCCGCCCAGUGAUGAGGAGGUGGAGAUACUGGGACCCUUCCCUGCUCAGACCCCCUCCUGGCUAGUGAACGAGUGUGUGGAUGAGAAGGACACUGAUACCGGGGUCACUCAUGUUGACUCCAUGGCAAUACCGCAGGACAGUAUUCCGACCCGGAGACGUUCCAGCUCAGAGAUGUCCCGAUCCACCUUCAGCCUGGUCCGACAACUCUCCAGUCUAGACGCCCGCAGGCCCAGCUCUCCGCUGGUUGAUGUGAAACCCAUUGAGUUCUGGGCCAUGGGCCCCAGGAAGGAGGUGAUCCAGCCGCUGCGUCGACCCCAGCCCCCUCCGGAUGACUACUUCAGGAAGUUGGAGCCACGCCUCUACUCUCUGGACUCAUCCGGAGACGACGUGGACUCGCUAACGGACGAGGAGAUUCUGCUACGAUACCAACUGGGCAUGCUCCACUUCAGCACACAGUAUGAUUUAAUCAACGGCCACCUGGGCGUUAGGGUCAUUGAGGCUCGCGACCUGCCCCCACCUCUGACCUGUGAUGGAGCCCGCCAGGACAUGGCCCACUCCAACCCAUACGUCAAGAUCAGCCUGCUGCCAGACCACAAGAACUCCCGGCAGACGGGGGUGAAGAGGAAGACACAGAACCCGGUGUUCGAGGAGCGGUUCACCUUUGACCUUCUGUUCCUAGAGGCCCAGCGCCGCACCCUGCUGCUGUCUGUGGUCGACUUUGACAAGUUCUCACGACACUGUGUCAUCGGCAAGGUGGCUCUGCCUCUGAGUGAGGUUGAUCUGGUGAGAGGUGGUCAUUGGUGGAAGGCCCUGGUGCCUAGUUCUCAGAAUGAGGUAGAGCUGGGAGAGCUGCUGUUAUCACUCAACUACCUGCCCUCUGCUGGAAGACUCAACGUUGACAUCAUCAGAGCGAAGCAGCUGCUGCAGACAGACAUGUGCCAGGGAUCAGACCCGUUUGUGAAGGUUCAGCUGGUAACAGGGCUGAAGCUGGUAAAGACCAAGAAGACUUCCUGUAUGAAAGGAACCAUCGACCCCUUCUACAAUGAGUCGUUCAGCUUCAGAGUCCCCCACGAAGACCUCAGCGAAGUCAGCCUCGUAUUUACAGUGUACGGCCACAACAUGAAGAGCAGUAAUGAUUUUGUGGGGAGGAUCGUGAUUGGCCAGUUCUCCACGGGUCCCCCUGAGACCUCCCACUGGCGCCACCUGUUGGCCAGUCAGAGAACUCCGGUUGAACAGUGGCACAGCCUGCGCUCACGGGCAGAGUGUGACCGCGUCUCCCCCGCCUCGCUGGAGGUCACAUGAUAGAGCUGGAGAGGGAUCAGGAGUUAGAGGUUAAGGGUCAGAGGUCAGGAGGAGAGGUAUAAGCUCAAAGGGUUGAGGUACACAGUAGGAAAGAGGAAGAUGAAAGGGGGUCAGAGUUAGAGGUUAGAGGUCGGGGUUUGAUGUCAGGGAGGUGAGAAAAGGGGGUUAGAGGAGAGAGAAAGAGAGAGAGAGAGAGAGAGAGAGACACAGGGAGAGAAGAGAGAGGGACACAGAGAGAAGAGAGAGGGACACAGAGAGAGAGAGAGAGAGAGAGAGAGAGAGACACAGAGAGAGGGACACAGAGAGAGGGACACAGAGAGGGACACAGAGAGGGACACAGAGAGAGAAGAGAGAGGGACACAGAGAGAGAGGGAGAGGAGGAAGGGGAGACAGAGGUCAAGGUUAAGGCCACCAGCAGGGCCGGAUUAAGAAAUCAUAGGCCGUGGCUUAGACAUUGCUCAAAUUUUAAUAGUAAAGACGUCAUUUAACUGUAAAAAUAUAUAUUUGUCUCAGCCCGGGCCCCAGGCCUAUGGUUGGAGGUUCCAGUAAAUAAUAAAAAAUAUAUAUAUACAUUUCUAUUUUUCUUGGCCUCAAGGGCCUCGGGGCUUCAGCCCCUGCAUUAAUCAGACCCUGCAUUAAUCAGGCCUUGAAUUGAUCAGGCCCUGCA